AUGGGUGGCAUAGCAGCUGCUGUAGUAACUGUAAUUGGUCGCCCUUUGCCUACAAUAUCUGAAACGACAACGGCAUUUACGAACAUAUCUUCGAACAACAGCAGUCCUGAGAAAACCUCAUUCGCUAACGGUCUCGAAGCUGAUCUUCCAACUACAACAGAAUGUAGUGUAAGUUACCAACCCCAUCAUUACCCUAUAAAAAGGAAAACAAGAGAUGGGAUGGACUCUAAGAGGGAAAGAAAGGCAGCCAAAACAUUAGCAAUUAUAACAGGGGCAUUUGUGCUCUGUUGGUUACCAUUUUUUAUAAUGGCUGUUUUAUUGCCCAUAAAUCCUAACGUCUUUGAUAAAUAUUUGGUGUCUAUAUGUCUAUGGUUAGGAUAUUUUAAUUCAACGCUUAAUCCUAUUAUAUAUACUAUUUUUAGUCCAGAGUUUAGGCACGCUUUUAAGAAAAUUCUUUGCGGAAGAAAUUACGCUAGAAGGAAUAGGCACUUUGGUGUUAGAAACUUUCAAUGAUGGAGGCAAAGUGGUCGCUUACCUUCGGAUACGGAUCCGCCAGUGGCGGCGAGGUUAGCUGCAAUAGUUGCAGCACCCGCUG